AUGAAAUUGACAAAAGUUGUAAGAUCAAAUAGUUUUAUAUCAAUUAGCACACGCUUCAAUGUUUACUCGUACAUUAUUCAGUGUGUGCAAAAUGAAGCAAAAACGAAAGCUUAUCGUCAUAAGUAUGCUGUUAAACGAUACUCUUCUGAAAAUCUAAUUUAUUUAAAGAAACAAAAACCAAGUACAGCUGUGACAGAGUCCUACAACGACGAGAAGCCAAAAAAAGUUAAAAGCAAACCGAAAUCAUUUGUACGAAAAAUGGAUGCUAAAUUAUCUUCAAAAGCUGCUUCUCUGCCAUCAUCCAAACUACCAAAAAAAUCUUCAAAGCCAAUCGUUGCCUCUUCAAAUGCAACUCACAAUGUAGCAACUCUUAUUUUUAAUUGA